GUGGCCUCCGGCAGCCGGACGCGUCAAGCCCCGAGACCCACGUUGCUCGCUCACUCGCUCAAUCUUUGCUCAGAUCGGGGACUCGCACCAACAAAGGCAAUCCCACGAGGGACUUGCAGCCAUGGAAACGAAUAGAAUGGAAUGGAAUCACUCCUCCUCCGCGACCCCACCUCGGUAUUCUUGUUGUUCAUGGAUGUUAUUAUUGGUUGCUGUAUCAGUAUCAGUAGUGAUAGUUCAUGGUGCUGGAGCUGCAUCCCACCGCAUCGCGUCGGCGCGCAUUGAGCUUCUAUAUCCUGUGCCUCUCUAUCUGGUGAGUAUAGUGAGGGAAUCCCAAGGCGUUUGAGGGCAUUGAUGCACUUCGCACCCGGGAUCUGAACCCUUGGUGUUGUGUUGCAUUACUUGAGCACUGUAGGUGGAUUCUGAUUAGUGUUACGGUACCUGACGUGGUUGGCUCAACGAAGUUUUGUCUCCUGAUUUUUGUUGUGGGGUUUUUGGAGCUGUGCUUCACUUCUACAGUCAGCGUAGUGUUAGGCGCGUAGUUUAUGUUUUUUUCGGAUGAAGGACACUGCGGGUCGUUCGGCUACGGCACUGCUAGAUACUCUCCGUUGUAGAUGUCAAGUCAGUACUUAUGAAGCCUGUACAAUAUUGAAGUAGAAGUUGGGUUGUAUAGGAACUCCCUGAGUGGGUUCAGUAGGUAGUAAUGCGGAUGAUGUCGAAAGUUGAGCUCAUGAGCCGCUGUGCAUUGCCGAUUUAGCGUUAGCGAAUAUCGUAGCUCUCUCUCUCUCUCUCUCUCUCUCUCUCUCUCCUCUAUUCUGUGUUUGCGAUUUAUGUAGCUCUAUUUAAGUAAGAUUGGAACAGUUCGGGUAGUGUAGCGGUUUAAGUUCGGUGUAACUUUAAGCUCUCGUUGCGAAAUGGGUUCGAUCGCGAUGGAGGAGGUGGCCAUUUACCCGAGCGAACAAAAAUUGCACGUCGUGAUUCUGCCGUACCCUGCGAAGGGCCACAGUAUUCCGUUGCUACACUUGGCGAAGCGUCUACACUCGAUGGACGUGGUUGUCACGUUUGUGAACACAUUCAGCCACUUGUCGGAAGAACACAUCAGGACAUUAGAUGGCCUCGAUUACAGUAUGCGAGUGGUGGAGCUUGGGGUGCAGCCACCCGAGGGGGAAGGGAGCGGCGAGCUCCCUUACGUGGCACACGCGAAUGAGCUCGUGCCAGACUCCAUGUUCAUGAUGGAAAAACUGUUUGCAGAGAACAAGGAGGCUCCGCCGGCUUGUCUUGUUAGUGACAUGUUUCUAGGGUGGACGCAGGUUGUUGCUGACAAGUUCAAUAUUCCCAGAUAUGUGUUGUUUUCGUCUCCAGCAUCCGCACUGCCCACAAUGUUGCAUGUGCCGGAACUUAUCAGGCAGGGUCGUUUACCGAUAGAUCGAUCGAAAUGGCUGGAACUAGUGCACGAUAUCCCUGGAGUUCCCCCAACUCGCAUAGUCGAUCUGCCAUCGCCAUUGCAGAUUCACACUAGGUUCCUUUAUUCUCUCUUUGUCCAAAACGCUUACGAUAUGCAUGACGCGGCUGGUGUUCUUAUCAAUACGUACUACGAGUUAGAGGCUCCGUGCAUCGAUACUGUUCGCCAAACUGUAUAUGGAGACAUCAGCGGCAAGGAACCACAUCUGCUCAGCAUACUUCCUGUUGGACCAUUGUUACCGGAUUAUUAUGUCAAUGGCAAGAUCCAUGAGGCAUCUGCCCACAUGAAAGAACAGGAACCGUGCCUGCAAUGGCUCGACACGCAGCCCGAAUCUGCGGUUGUGUACGCAUCCUUCGGCAGCGUGGCCACGGUACCUAUUCCUCAAAUUCACGAUCUGGCUCUUGGCUUAGAAGCCAGCGGGGAACGAUUUCUGCUUGCUCUUCGCCCACCACCGAAUCCAGACAAUGUGGCCUUGCUUCCCGAAGGUUUCGAAGAACGCAUCAAAGGUAGAGGCUUCGUCCACUUCGGAUGGGUGCCGCAACUGUACGUACUGUCGCACCCAGCUGUCGGCGGAUACUUGUCGCAUUGUGGCUGGAACUCAACACUGGAGGGCCUUUGCCAAGGACUACCGAUGCUCACAUGGCCAAUUCAAGCGGAGCAGGCCAUGAACGCCAGGUUUCUCGUGGACGAAGCGAAAGUGGCCCUCGAAGUUUGCACACUCACCGAUGGCUUCAUCACCAAGGAUCAUAUCUCAAAAGUUGUGAGGUCUCUGAUGAGAGAGCCGGAAGGGGCAUUGUGCAGGAUCAACGCCCUUAAGCUGAGAAAUCUAGCGUUAGCUGCAGUCUCGGAAGGAGGAUCAGUGCCGAAAAGCCUGCAAAAGUUCCUGCAGGAGCUCAGAUCAUGGAAGCCUCCGCGGCAUCAUCAACAGAAGAACAAUCCAAUGCCGAGCUUCUAGUGCUGGUGUCGAUUGUUGGGGUCCAGUGGAACAUCAUGUACUGCAGCUUGCAUAAGACACAAACCCCAUUGUAUACAUACUAUUUUCUUACUCACCACACAAAAGCUUCGAAGUGGUGUGAAACAACCUCUUUUAGUGUAGAAAUUGAAUGCAAAGAUAAUGAAGGAUGCGUUGGAGUUCACUUCUGAUCUGUUGAACUUCAUCAUCUUCUACUCUUUGCAGCAUUCAAUCACCUUCAAACCAAAUUGUAGUGUGAUUUUUUCUUAAUAUAUUCACUCUUUUGCGAUGUGGUGUUGGAAAAUUGA